AUGGAGAGGAAUUACCCCGCUGCAGGCUUCGGAGAUCUCGGGGCCGGGCAGGGAUGGAGUUACGACAGGGCGGCCAAGGCAAGCCUUGUGUAUGGGAGCUCCAGGUCAUCCCAUCCAGACUCUGAGCUGCUCCAUCGGCAAACCUAUGGCACUACUCACACCCUCCAGGGCUAUGCAACCAACCACCACCCAGGAAGCUCCAGACAAGGUGGGGCCUGGGGUGCUGCUGGAUGCACACUUGGUCUGUCGGGGCUAUUUGACGCCGGCCUCCAUCAUUCCAAUCACUCGGGUCCUAACCCCUCCGUCAUGAAUCUGAUUUCAGCUCUGGAGUCGCGGGGUCCACAGCCACCACCCUCUGCUUCCUCCCUCCUCUCUCAGUUUCGCACUCCUUCUUGGCAGGCUGCAAUGCAUACACCGGCCCCAACAGAGCUCUUUAUGUCAGGGGCACUUCCUGGUUCCAGCUCCUUUCCCUCCUCCUCUGCCCUUUCUGCAUACCAGCAUCCUGGCUCCUUCUCUGGACGCUCAUUCACUCCAUCACUAUCCCUGCAGGACACGCAUACAUUUAGCCCGACUUCCAACGGUUUGCUAUCCCCCCAUGAUCCCUUGCUGCACAUCAAAACACCAUCCCAGGCCAACUUGGGCUUUGAUCACUUGCUGUCGUCCCACAGUGCCACCUACCGGGGCUCCCAGGAGCCCCGGGCCUCUCCCCAGAUCCAAGCCCCUCCCACCUCCUCUAGCUGCCACCUGCCCCCUCCUCAGUUCAACCUGUUGUCCUCCCAGCUCCACAACCAGUCCUCCCAGCUCUAUAAUACCUCCAUGUUCUCUUCUACACAAACCCUGCUGCCUACGGCUCCCCCUCCACCACGGCCUUCUUCAGAGAGGGCAGUUUCCCGGCAGGACAGUGUGAUCAAGCAUUACCAACGCUCGCCACCCCCUCAGUCCACAACACAGCAAUAUGUCAGCUGUGGUGGAUCAUCAAGCUAUCAGCAGAUAGCCAGCCACCACCGGCAUGCUGGAGUGUCCUGCAGUCCCCUUGGGGAGCAAAGCCCAUCCUCUGACCCCAAGCCCUCACCAAGGUUGGAAUCCAAGACAUAUCGACCGAUCAUCCAAACCCCCUACACAUCCUUGUCCUCCAGCUCCUCAGCCCCUUCCUCGUCUGGCACUAAGGGACCCAAGAAUUCCAGCUCCAGUAGUGGCUACUCUUCUCCAGGCUCAGCUUCAUCCUCUUCCCGUACCCCUCACACUCCACCAUCAGCUUCCUCCUCUUCAUCUUCAUCCUCUUCAAGCUCCAAGACAAGCACUGGCUCCUUGGCUGCUCCCUCUUGUCAGCAGCCUUCAACACACUCAGCACCAGCACCAACUCCUCUACCAGUGGUGUCAUCCAACCUUGUUCAACAGCCAGCACCAAAACAAUGCCUCUCCACCUAUGGCUCUCCGCCUGUGGCCAAAUCCAGCACAGGCCUACCCGACCAGACCCCUCCCCAGCAACAUUCCCAGUCCUACUCUCCCAACCAGCCUCCAUCUGCACACAUGACCCAAUCCUAUGGAGGCUUUAACUCACUGCAUGCCCAAGACCUGAGCUCUGGACCAGGGGGUUCUGGGGGGAAGGCCUUCACUGGUAGGGUCUCAGGAGGACGCUCAUUUUCUGCAGAGGUAGUUUUUGGGGAUUCAAGCUUUGGCUCAACUCCUCUCAGAAGAGCAGGUAGUCCUUCCUUAGGGUAUGGGAAUGCUGGAGGAUCAACAUUACGUGGACCCGUAUCAGGAGCUACUUCACUUGGCAGUGGCAUUGGAUCGGCAGGAUCUGGGAGCGGGGCUGCUAGUGUUGGUAAUGGAGGCAGCAGCUCUUACCACUUACCUGAGUCUUGCCCAUCACCCUCCAUCAAUUCUUCUAUCAGUCGCCCUGGAUUACACUCUCCAGCUUCUGCUCGCCCUCCUCAGUCCCCUGGCGGCUCAGUGGCCACCAAAUACUUGUCCUCCAUCCUCUCACCCGCUUUUAUGUCCUCACCACAAGGUUUCCCUGAUACACGGCAAGCGCAGAGCCAGUCCUACCACACAACACCACCCAAGUCAAAAACGGACAACAACAUAUUGGGAGUUCAGCAAUCCCAAAAUGAGGAAGAGGAUGAAGAUGAUUUCCUCAUCCACCAUUUACUACAUGCCCAGAGCUCAACUCCCCAUCCUUCUCAGCAACUACCACAGCCGCUCCCACAAGCUAGAGAUGGGGAAGACAAGGGGGCCUAUGACAUUAACAAGAUCUCAGAAGAGCGCUACCACCUUCACAGUGUUAUUCGUACCAGCAGUUCAGGUCCUGGAACGGCAAUUGAUGACAUUGCAAGUGGCUUAAACAAUCAACUUGAAGCAUCGCAGAACAAACAGCAACAGGCUAAAUCAGAGGUGACCAUAUCAAAGUCCAAUGUUAGAGGGGUAGGAGUGGCCACUGACUCUCUUUCCCACUCCCAUCGACAACAGCAUGACUCUGUGGGCGCUGUAGUCCAUUAUGGAAGAGGGGACCCCUACACACAGCACUCCCAUCACACCUCACAUCAUUCUCGGCACACUCAACAUACACCGCACUCACAACAUACUCAGCAUAGCCAUCCUAAUUCCCACUCUCACAGCCACCUUCACAUGGAGCUUAAGAAGCCUUCAGAUGCAAAUGACAAUGCCUACUUGUGUAACACACCCGAUGUGCAGCAAGCUCGACAAAGCCAAGUCCCCCUCUCCCUGAUAGAUUCACCGCCAGACCCUCCCCAGCAAACUCACAUGCUGCAAUCUGUCCUUUCUCAUACUACUCGUACUAAGAUGGACCCCCAACAAUCCCCUCCACAGCAACAGCAGCAUCCUUUGAGCCAGCAGGCCAUGAUGGGUUCAGCUGGAGGAGCAGGGCCUGCUGGAGUGGAAUCCCAUCCACAGAACCAGUCCUCACAGUUGCAACUCCAGCUCCAGACCCAGGGUUUAGAUACACACUACAACCUUGGAGCUCAGCCAAGGGAUCAAACCCAAGCCAGUCAGAACUCACUGUCUCCACUAAACAUGCUAGACCAAUCUCUUUCCCGGACAAACAGUAGAGGUGGUGGAGGAGCACUAGACAGAACAGGAGUUGGGGUGAAUGUUACAGGAGGGGAGGGAAGUGGUGGAGACACACAUAGACAGCAGCACAUACUUACACCCCACCACCAUACCCAACAAACAACCUCAGAUCUUCAUGACUUUCUCUCUGAACCAGAUUUGGGCUUGUCCACUCCCUCACACCUGCACCACCUCAACCAGCCCCAUGCCCACCAUCAACAGCAAGCACACUCUCACCAUCAGAUGGCACACUCUCAGUUAGCUCACCCACACUCCCACCGGAUGACAGCAAAUAUGGGAACUCCACAACAACAGCAGCAGCGCCAACAAAGAGAGCCAGACAGUCUGUCACACUCCCAGCUUGACCAGCUCAAACAGCACCAGUUUGGCACUGUGAGCCCAGUGGAUAAAGUAGGACUGAAUCAAGUUCAGCAGCGGUUUGCGCCUCUAACAUCCAUCUGCUUUCCAGAUUCUCUUUUACAUGAUGAAGACCGUUCUUUCUUUCCUGAGAUGGAGGACAUGUUUUGUUCAGCUGAUUACAAAUCAAGCUGUGCUGAGGAUUCUGGGUUAGGACAGGAUGCUCAAGAAAGCCUUACCCAGGGCCAUGGGCAGGGGCAAGAGGGUAUAGCGGCCUUAAAAACAGGCGAGGGCUAUGAUAUGGUUGGUCAUCACAGUGAUCAAGGCUAUGGACAGUAUUGCCACAGCCUUCCAGGAACAGGGAAUGGAAAUCUACACUUAGACCUUGACUCUAUGAAGACCCAUGAGCUUCCCUCUACUGUGAAUACUGACCAGCUAGGCCUCAUCCAAUCCCAAACACCCACUAUGGGGUUGAGUUCAGCAGUUCAAGGGGAUGGCUCGCUAAACAAGAUGAUGGGAGCUAUAGGAGUGGAUGGAAGUUCAAGUACUGCUGGUCUGACCUCACCUAUAUUCUGUUCAUCUCGUCCCAAGAAACUGCUGAAGAGCAGCUCAUUUCACUUGCUCAAACAGCGACGUGAACCACAACCUCAAACAAAGAAAAACUAUGCGCAGGAGUACGAAUUUGAAGAUGAUGAGGAUAAAGCUGAUGUUCCAGCUGAUAUUCGCCUUAACAGUCGACGCCUUCCUGACCUGCUCCCUGACUUGGUGUCAAGCUGUAGGAAAACUGGUGGCACAUCAGUAGUAAGUGCACUCAGUCUGGGUGACGUGGACUUCUGCCACGCCUCCAGCUAUGCUUCCCUUGGACAUCCUCCUCAACUCCUCCCCCAUGAUGGCCCUAAGAAAAGAGGCAGGAAACCAACUAAACCAAAACGUGAAGGCCCUCCUCGCCCACGAGGUAGACCACGCAUACGUCCUCUUCCAGAGCCUCCUUACUGCAGGGGGCUGAUGGGAUCAGUGGCUGGAGAGAGUAGAAGGGGGCGAGGGCGGGGCCGAGGGCGAGGUAGGAGAGAAGAAGUGCAUGUUAAAAUGCAUCAAGAUAUGAACCAAGUUCAAAGCCUCCCAUAUCAGCAACAGUUCAGCCAACAGCAGCAUCUUCAACAGCAUCCGCACAACCAUCCUAGACAGCAGGGAGAGCACCAAGCACCACAACAGCAUCAUCACCUGCAUCACCUGCAUCAACAGCAGCAACAUCAAAGGCAUCACCUUCAACACCAACAGCAACCAUCUCAACAGCAAGAUCCAAUCGGACCUAUCAAGAUAAAACUGCCCCUUCCCACCAUGCCUUCAUCAGAAUGCUUAUUGAGGACAGACUCACUGUCCAGCACUGAACCAGUUCUGUCUGACGGAUCGGUGGGGUCGGCACCAUCACUGGGACUGAGUCCUGGACCCGCCAUGGACAUCAGCAAAAAUGAGGAGAACCAGACUCAAGACAGGACGCUGAAGCAUCAGCAGAAAGCUAUGACGUGGAAGAAAGACAUCGACGAUCCCCUGAAUCCUGAAGCCUGGGCUGCGAUGCAGAAACUCUCCAGUGCAGCUGAUGAGAAGGCCUUCGAUUUCAAACCUGGCUUCAUGGCCUCUUUUUUGGACUUCUUGAAGACAGGCAAAAAACAGCCAAGCCUUGGACUGGGACAUGAUGAAGGUGAGCAGGAUUCCCUAAACUCCUGUUCCUCUAUGAAGGGAGGGAUCAGGCCCUUAUCCCCUCCUCCUCUCCCCCAAGCGCCAACUCCCUCACGAACAUUCAGCGAGGGAGGCCAGGGCGAUGGGGCAGACCUGGCUCUCAGCAGCUGCCCGAGUCCCUGUAAGCCACUGGACGAGGAGCUAAAAGGAAACCUGGAGACGCUGCCCUCCUUCUCCUCUGAUGAGGAGGACUCGGUCAGUAAAAACCAGGACCUGCAGAAAAGCAUCUCAUCUGCCAUCUCUGCCCUGUAUGACACCCCACACUCGUUAGCUGCUGCGAUGGCUUCUGCUAUGGCCAAGGCCCCACACAACCUGUCCCCACCUAACCCACAAGAGCCACCGCUUAGUCCUCCGCUCCCGGCCAUGCCUCCCCUCAUCCCCAGUAUGGAGGAUGGGAAAGAGGAGGUGCUCACUUACAUGCAGGAUCACAUACAGGACAAGGAAAAGCAAAGAUUGGUCUCCCCACAGUCAAAUGGAGAACACGUGGACGAGAGGGACGUUAAGCAAGGAGGAGAAGAGGAGGUGGAGGGAGGUGGGGAGACUGCAGACAAUGAAGAACAUAUGAACAAUCUGCAGCAGGGAGCGCUGGAAGAGAAGGAGGAGGAACAGGAAAGGAUGUCUGAAAUGCAGAUGUUAGAGGUCCCUCAAGUUGAAGAUUCUCCAUCAGGACGUAUACUUGCUGCUGCGACUCUAUCCCCAUCACCGUCCAUCCCCCCCUCCACUCCACCUACAUACUUGUCACCCUCACCCCUUCCUCUCCUGAAUCUCCCUGUACCCUCUCAACUGCCAGUCCAGCAGGAUGAGGAGGAGACCAUUCAAACCUAUCCUCUCUCUGAGCAGCAGCAGUCCUCCUACCAACCAGCUCCAACUGGUACCUCCCCUCCCCCAUCCACCUCCCCUCCGGCUAUCCCGUCUUCACCCAUCUCCAACCUUCCUCUGGCCCAGUCCAUUCCCCUCCCAUCCACCACACCUCCCCUAUCAUCCUCUGAUCAGGACCAGGAACCCAAAGCUGAGCAGCUUUCCCCCACCUCACCCACCUCUUCCUCAUUCUCUUCAUCAUCCUCGCCACCACCAUCACCUCCAACACCGGAAGAGGCCCCAACAUCUCAGCGUCUUACCUCCCUCCACCUGGCAAAGAAGCAGGCCGAUGCCGCCAUAGCUGGGGAGAGUGAAGAGGAGGACAGGGAGAGUGGAGGCGAGGGAAUCUUUCGUGAGCGGGACGAGUUUGUGGUUCGAACCGAGGACAUCGGGACUCUUAAAUUGGCCUUGCAGACAGGCCGGGAGCCCCCACCCAUCUGGAGGGUGCAGAAAGCCUUGCUCCAGAAAUUCAGCCCGGAGAUCAAGGAUGGUCAGAGGCAGUUCUGUGCGACGAGUAACUAUCUGGGUUACUUUGGGGAUGCCAAGAUGCGCUACCAGCGUUUGUACGUAAAGUUCUUGGAGAACGUCAACAAAAAGGAUUACGUCAGAGUGUGCUCCCGGAAGCCGUGGCAUAGAGCAGGUCUCGCUCUGAGACGCCAGUCACUACCUCAACAGCUGCCCUCCAGUCACAACCAAACCCCACCUCGAGUGGAACGAGGCGACAAGGAGAGGCAGAAAGAGAGGGAAAGGGAGAAGGAGCAGAAAGAGAGAAGGGAGUAUGAGAAAGAGAGAGAGUUGAAAGAGAGGGAUAGAAGGAAUAGGGAGCAGAGAGAGAAUGAGAAACAGGAUAGAGAGAGGAAAGAAAGGGAGAGACAGGAGAGGGAGUUGAAUGAAAGAGGGAAAAGGGAGAGGGAGGAGAGACAGAAAAAAGAGAGAGAGAAGCAAGAGAGGGAGAUAACUGAUAAAGAGAGAGAAAGGGUGUGUCGAGAAAAAGAGAAACAAGAAAGGGAGCGGAAAGAGAAAGAAGAGAGGGAGCAGAAAGAAAAGGAUGGAAGAGAGAGGGAAAAGGAGAAAGAGAGACAAAGGGGUCAUGAGAAGGAGAAAAUGGUGAGAGAGGAGCAAGAGAGGAGGGAUGGCACAGUGGAGUUUGCGAGGGUGAAGGAGGAAAAGAGAGGAGGAGAAAAGAAGAUGGAUUGUCGGCCCAGAGCCAAGACUUCAAAGGACAAGGCAGAGCCUCCUCCCAAGAAGAGGAAGAAGUGGCUGAAGGAGGUGCCAUCAUCCUCCUCUUCCUCUGACUCCUCCCGACCCAGCGAUGACGAAGGACCGGUGCGGGGUGGAGUCAACAGCCGAGCCAUGAGGGAGGUCUUCAGGAGCUAUGUGGAGAUGCUGGUCAGUACAGCACUGGACCCCGACAUGAUCCAAGCCCUGGAGGACACUGAUGAUGAGUUGUACCUCCCACCCAUGAGGAAGAUUGAUAGCCUGCUGGGGGAACAGAAGAAGAGGUUGUUGAGGAGAGUCACCAUGAGUGUUCAGCACCAGGAGGCUUUACAUAUAUUCCCCAAAAUGAUGGCAGACCCCCUGGAAUCUGGAGCUGUCAAAGUUCACCUGGGUGGGGAGCGGUACAACCGCAAAACCCUCAACCGGGUCAAGAGGAGUGUUCCUAAGCAACAGGAUCUAAAGCUCUCAAUGGAAACUUGCCGGAUCUACAGUCUGUAUCAUUCCCUUCACCACUACAAGUACCACACCUUCCUGCACUGCAAGAAGGAGACGGACAGCAUUGAGCAGGCAGCGGAGGACCCCGGCCAGGAGGAGGUGGUGCAGCAGUGCAUGGCUAACCAGGGCUGGCUGGAGAGCCUCUUUAACUCCUUCAUGGAACUGCUCAGCCUCAGUGCCAAGGCCUGAAGGAGGAUCACCAAACUCACACAUCCACCUGCAGUAUUAAGAGGAUAGAGGCAUCCAUUUGUCAAACAAAAGGACCACACUGCCCAAACUGUACGGAUGCUUGUAGUGAGACAACUGUUGGUUUGUGUGUUUGAGAGUUAACUUUUAAAGUGUUUUCUUAUUAAGUACCUCUUUAUUUCAAGAAAAGUAUUGAACGAUGGACGGAGUGAACUACGUGAAUGUGAUGGAUUUCCAUAAAACUCAAAAAAGGUAUCAGCACUACAAAAGAGUUCUUUGUUAAGACCUACAGAAUAUUAAGAGACACAUGCAAGAUGUCUAUAAGUAGUAACUACUAUGGUUUGGUUUAAUUUAUACAAGGACAUUUCCAAAUAUGACCGUUCUUAGAUGGUAUUGUUUGCUGUUAUUGUUUUUGAAAAAUGUUUUAAAGAGAUAUACAUGAAAUGGCCCACCUGCAAUUGUUUGUGUCUAU